AUGAUUCAGAAUAUAUCCUCUGUUGAUAUUCACCGGAUCACAUCUGGUCAGGUUAUCACAGAUCUUGUUUCAGUUACGAAGGAACUAGUUGAGAACUCAAUAGAUGCAAACUCUUCUCAAAUUGAGAUAACCUUUUACAAUUAUGGAAUAGACUCCAUUCAAAUUGUGGAUAACGGGGAUGGAAUUGCACAAGAAGAUUUUGAUAAAAUAUGCUUGAAACAUAACACAUCGAAGUUGUCUUCAUUCGAAAAUAUUGUGAAAACUAAAACGUUGGGGUUCAGAGGUGAAGCAAUGUCUUCACUCUGUGCUGUAUCUGAAGUGAGUUUACUGACAUGCACUGCGGAAACUUACCCAAGGGCAUACCAAUUGGAAUUUAAUUCAAUGGGAGAAUUGAUCAAGAACACUCCUCAGUCAGGCAAAAAGGGUACUAGCAUUACCAUCUCGAACCUCUUCAAUAACUUACCUGUUAGAAAGAAAGACUUCGAAAAGAAUUUUAAAAGAGAAUUCAACAAGACUGUUACUAACUUGACAAACUAUGCUAUAAUAUACCCUCAGAUAAGAUUCGUAGUCUUUAAUGUAAGUGGCAAGAACCAUAAGAAAAAUUUGAUUUUAAGUACUCAGGGAGGUGAAAGAAACACUGUGACCAAGAACAUGGUGAGUAUAUUUGGAAUUAAUGGUAACAGCGGGUUAGUUCCAUUUGAAAUCGAGACUCCAGAUAUCCAGAUGAAGUUUAAGUUGAAAAGCUCCGGCGAACUUCCUACAACAGGUGUAAUGAAACUAAAAUUUGUGGGAGUAAUAUCGAAUUCUUCAUUUGGAAUGGGAAGACUGUCGACAGAUAGACAAUUCUUUUUCAUAAAUAACAGACCGGUCACUUUAAAAGGAUUCGGGAAGUGCAUAAAUGAAGUCUAUAGGGCGUUCAAUAGUGUUCAAUACCCAACAGUAGUUUUCAAUUUGAUUAUUAACAAUGAGUUUUUGGAUAUAAAUGUGACACCUGACAAGAGAACGGUUAUGGUUCACAAUGAAGAAACAGUUAUAGAAGUACUAAAGGAAGUAUUAACUGCCUUUUUCAGUGAGCAGGGGAAUGUCAUUCCGAGAAACUUAAGAGAAGGAAUAAAAUUGGACUCAGAACCGAAGAAGGUAGUGAAGCAAGAAGCACAACAACAAAAGCUAGAACUACGUACAAGUAACCAGGAUGAACUGCUGCUUGCAGAAGAUGAUUCGAAGGAUGGACAUGAAUUAAUAUCAAGUGACAGCGAGUUAAUGAAUUUUGAAAUUAAUGAUAACUUUAAGAUUACGACAUAUGAACCGAAAAGAAAUGUAUCAGAAGCAAUUCAAAGAAUUGACAUAGAUACCGAUCAAAGAAAUGAACUUGAGGAAGAUAAAGAAGAAGAAGAGGAGCAGGUUGAUUAUGAAGAAGAAGAAGAAGAAGAAACAGAGCAUCACGAUGAGUUAGAUGAAGAAGAAGGAGCAGACGAAGUCAAGAGAUCCGUUGACGAGAGCAAAAUUGUUUUAAAGGAUGAACAAAAAGAAUACCAAAUUGAUGAACUGGAGUACGUACAAAUACAAAGUUCAAAUACUAUACAAAAAAAAACUGGUCGUGAUACAAUUGACCACAAUAGUACUGAAACAGUAACAUUGUUUGAACCAGAGUCCAGCACGGAAGAUGAACCCCUUGAAAUUGAAGUUUUAGAAGAAGGUAUCAAGGAGGCAGAGGAUAAUAUGCAAUUAGAUAACGGUGAAUUGUACAACGAGGAUCAAGAUGUUGAAGGCUUCGAAAAGGAAAUGGAGGGAAAUCCUACUGAUAAACAUCAGGAAAAUACUCAAAAUACCUUCGAUAAUAACAGUGUUAAGAGACACUUUGAAGAAGAACCCUGCUGUAAAGCCAAGGCAAUGAAAUUGAAUAAACAAGAAAGGCCAGCUAAUAAACAGAGAUCUUCAAUUCAUAACUACAAAUCAGAUUUAGAGCUUAAACGCUCAGAUCUUAUAAAACUUAAAGUAGUUGAGGCCAGUAGCUUUCAACAGAACAGAUCUUCGAAAUCUUUAAAUAAGAAAAAGAUAGAUGAUAUUACCAAGAAAACUGAAGCAGAAGAUAAACUUACCUUAACGGUACUGAAGACUGAUUUCUUGAAGAUGAAAGUAAUUGGUCAAUUCAAUUUGGGAUUUAUUUUGGUCACCAGGCCCCCCACAUCUAGCCAACCUUUCCCAGAUUUGUUUAUAAUUGAUCAACAUGCAUCUGAUGAAAAAUUCAAUUUCGAAAAAUUGCAGUCUACGACAGUCUUCCAAAGUCAACCAUUGGUAAUUCCUCAAACCAUUGAGUUAACAUCAAUGGAUGAGCUUUUGGUUCUGGACAACAUAGAAAUAUUUAAAAAGAAUGGGUUUAACAUUAGAUUCAAUGAAGACGAUUCACCGGGUGAAAGAAUAAAAUUAAUUAGCCUACCCCUCCUGAAGCAGACUAUAUUCGAUCUUUCAGACUUUCACGAGAUUAUACACUUGGUAAAAGAGAGUGACAACGUGAAAAGUACAGUACGCUGUUCCAAAAUUAGGACAAUGUUUGCCCUGAGAGCUUGUAGGAGUAGUAUAAUGAUUGGACAGUUUUUGAAGAAAAAUACUAUGGAAAUGGUAGUCAGAAAUUUAGCUGGCUUGGAUAAACCAUGGAAUUGUCCUCAUGGACGUCCAACUAUGAGACACUUGAUGGAAUUGAAAGACUGGAAAUCUUUUGAUAAAGAUUAUAGGAUUUAG